AUGAACGCCAUCCCACGGACAAGUCGCCAACUCGAUAAUUACAUUCAGAAGGACAUCCUGGUCCAAGAUCGUCCAUCUUUAAUCACGACAGGUUACAACAUGUGGCACAUCUUUAAUACCGACAGGUUACAACAUGUGGCACACACGACUCACGAGACCUGUCGAGUCCUAAUUUUUUUCUGUUACACGCCUUGGAGAUCCUUUGCCAGCUUAGCGAACAUUUUGCCAGCCCAACACUUUCUCCAUCUCAACUCUAG